AUGCCACCUAAAACCACCUUAACUGAUGUUCAAAAACUUGAAUUUUGUUGUUUUGCCAAUGAAAAUACAAUGACUCGAAAAAAACAGCUUACUGCUGAAAUUGAUAACCCAAAUAAAAGGCAAAAUAGAUCUGUUACUGUUCCUCAUUUUGAAUUAGCUUUUAAAGAAUUCAUAUUAACUUAUCAGCAUCGUAUAAUUAUAAGUGAAGCUAUGUUGAUUGAAAAGGCAAAGCAACUUUCUAAAGGUUUAGGAAUUCCAGAAGAAGUUGAAAAUGAAAAAAAUGUGAAGAAUCUGAAGAUAGAUAUCUUACGAGGAAUUCGCUAUAUUAUUAAAGCAUGGAAUAAAGUUAAAGAAAGAACAAUCUAUAAUUGUUGGCGUCAUACCAAAAUCCUUUCAAAUAAUGAUAAUGAAAUUUCUUUAGAAAAUAAUCAAGAGAUCGAAGAAACUGAUGAACUGUUGAAUCUUUCAAAUUCGAUUAGAAAUCUUAAUUUAUCUAAUUCAAUAGAGGUAGUUGAUUUUUUAGCUAUUCCAGAAGAAGAAGAAGUUUGUAAAAUUAUUGAUGAAAAUGCUAUGAUGGCUGAAAUAAUUGAAUAUUUAAAGAAAGACCUGAAGAAUCUGAUAGUGAAGAUUCUGAUGAAGCAGAUGACAGUGUUGAAAUAG